AGAAUUGCUCUCGGACAUUGUACACCAACGAUAACAAUGCUCAACGACCGGAUGAUUUAAACGCGUGACAAGUAUAGUAAUACAGAGGUAAUAACAAAUAACUAGUUUUCUAUAUCGUGAACUCUUGUCGUAAACAAAACUGCCGUACGCUAGAUAUUGAUUGACACAGUACUCGGAUUAGAUAGAACGAUAUUUACAAAAUGGGAUCUACUCCAUCCUUCCCUCGGGUGUCCAUUCCCAAAGAUAACAUUUCCGUGGUUACUGGAGGAAACACAGGUGUAGGCUACCAUACUGCUAAGUGGUUAGCUAUGAUGGGUGGAACUGUGAUCAUUGCUUGUAGAUCAGAGGAGAGAGCUAAACAGGCAAUUGAGCAAAUGAACAAAGAAUUCGAGGAAGAAAAAGAAAAGAAGACGACCGGGAUAGUUGACUACGAUCAAUUGAAUGUUGAAUUCAUGUCUCUAGACUGUAAUUCAUUAAAAUCAGUGAUAAGUUUCGUAGAGGCGUACAAAUCGUCGGGAAGGAAACUUCACAAGUUAUUCUGUAACGCUGGGAUUGGACAACAAGACAAGCUAUCGUACACAGAAGACGGCCAUGAACAGAUAUUUCAGGUGAAUUAUUUGAGUCAGUUCUUGCUGGUGUCUCAUUUACUUCCGUUGAUGAAAGCUUCUGGUCCAGACUGCAGAAUUAUACUCGUAUCAAGCAUAGGCCACCUAUUUGCUCACUUCGAUCCUGUGGAUGUUGAAUUAAAGAAGUACUCCGAGCCAGAAUGCAAAUCAGACAAAUUAUACCAAAAUUCAAAACUGUGUCAGAUUAUGCAGAUGUAUCGGCUGAAUGAGGUCCUCAAGGAUACUAAUGUGACUGUAUUCUCCCUACAUCCAGGAACUGUGAGAACAGAGCUUCUAACUACAUUCAAGAGGGGAAUGAUGAAAUAUGUUAUUUCAAUGCUAGAAACCGUUGGAGCGUCAAAGAGUCCAUUUGAAGGAGCAUGGACGUCACUUAACGCGGGUAUAAAUCCGGAACUGGCGGGUGUCCGGGAUGUAUACUUCUCCGACUCUAAACCAACAACUCCAGCAUCAGCUGCUAGGAACAAAUCCUACCAAGCAGCUCUUUGGGAUUACAGCAUUGAAUGUCUCAAAGGUUACCUCCCAGAUGACAUCCUUAGUGGCCUACAAUAGAGCAUCAUAGGCGAUAUUCCCAAUGAACUACUAUAUAACUUAAUAGCCGGCAUCCUUAGUGAACUUCAAAAAUACUGCAAUUACGACAUCUUUAGUGAAAUACAAAAGAAUGGCACUGCCGACAUCCUAGUAAUAAGUGGUUAUAAUGCUUUAAAUGACACUUUAAACUAAGACCACUGCGGACGAUAAGCGAAAACAAUUUGUGUAUAGUAAGAUUUUACACUGAUAUGUUAUCGUUACAUACCGAUUGUCGUUUGUGGUACGGUUGUCACCCCUUAACAACAAAAACUAUGUGUAGUUGUAAAAUAUAUAGUUACACAGGUGAAAUCAAACGUCAGUGUAACGUAACAAAUAUAAUUGUUAAUCCUUCUCAAGUGAUGUCUAAUGUGUAAAAAUAGUGAAAAUUAUUAAUUAAUUGAUAUGCAUGAUACAUGACUUUUGUUUAUAAAGGUGUUUUACUAUUGA